UGGAUUAUGACAAAGAUUAAAUCUUUAAAAAAAUGAAACUUGUUUGAACUGGAAGAAAGAAGUGAAAAAGCUAAACCAGUUGACUUGACUUUGCUAGGUUCCUUCUACCAGCACUCUUCUUUCACUUGCAAUUUCCAUUGAAACAAUGCAUCUUGAGCUAGAAACUUGGACAGCUUUGGUAGCAAUUUUGUGUUUACUUUAUUUUAUUCUGAAGGAGAUUGUUAUGGGAGGGAAUAGUUCAAAAGGGUCUCCUAGGAGAAGGCAUGUUCCUUCAUAUGAGGCUUCAGGUUCUUCAUCUUCAUGGAAUAAUAACUAUGAUGGAUAUGGAUAUCCACCACAUCCUCAACAGAGUCCAUAUCAAACACCUCAGCAUCAGUUUUCAUCUGCAUCAGCUCCAUUUUAUGAGAAUUCACAGCCAAAAAAGAAGUUAGAUAAGAGGUAUUCCAGAAUUGCUGAUAAUUACCAAUCAUUGGAUGAGGUUACUGCUGCUCUUGCAAAUGCUGGGCUGGAAUCUUCUAAUCUCAUUGUUGGAAUUGAUUUCACAAAGAGCAAUGAGUGGACAGGGAAGAGUUCAUUCAAUCGAAAAAGUUUACAUCACAUUGGAAGUGGUCAAAACCCUUAUGAACAAGCAAUCUCUAUUAUUGGGAAAACUCUAUCUACUUUUGAUGAAGAUAACUUGAUUCCAUGUUUUGGAUUUGGAGAUGCAUCUACACAUGAUCAAGAUGUAUUUAGCUUCUAUUCAGAAGAGAGGUUAUGCAAUGGUUUUGAGGAAGUAUUGGCACGAUACAGAGAAAUUGUUCCUCAGCUCAAACUUGCAGGACCGACUUCGUUCGCCCCUAUUAUUGAGAUGGCCAUGACUAUUGUUGAACAAAGUGCUGGUCAAUAUCAUGUCUUGCUAAUAAUUGCUGAUGGACAGGUGACCAGAAGCAUUGAUACAGAAUAUGGCAACCUAAGUCCACAGGAACAGAAGACAAUAAACGCGAUCGUAAAAGCCAGUGAGUAUCCAUUGUCAAUAGUUUUGGUAGGAGUUGGAGAUGGGCCGUGGGAGAUGAUGAAGGAAUUUGAUGACAACAUCCCUUCUCGGGCGUUUGACAAUUUUCAGUUUGUGAAUUUUACAAAGAUAAUGUCGAAGAAUGUAAAUCCAAGUCGAAGAGAGACGGAGUUUGCCCUUGAUGCUUUGAUGGAGAUACCUUCUCAAUAUAAGGCAACCAUAGAACUUGGCUUAUUGGGUGCACGGAGGGGACAUUCACCGGAUAGGGUUCCUCUACCUGCUCCUCUUUAUAAUAGGACUUCUUCAAGCAUCAGUGGAAAUUCUUUUCGGGCAAACAGUUUUCAGCAGAGUAUCCCUAGAGAUACUGGCUAUGAAUAUGAACGCAGUGUUCACACAGAGCCAUCUACAAGCUCUUUACAUGAUAAUAAGGUUUGCCCUAUUUGUCUUACCGAUGCGAAGGAUAUGGCCUUCGGUUGUGGACAUCAGACUUGUUGUGGAUGUGGAGAAGACCUCGAGUUCUGUCCCAUUUGCCGGAGCACAAUCACUACUAAGAUAAAGCUUUACUAGCAAUCUGUAUGCAGACCUGCUUUCAAUGAAAUUUUAAUUCAUUGGCAGAAUAAGGUUAGCCAUGAAAGUAUGAUAAGUUAGAACAUCAGAGUGAGGAAGAGUUUAUAGUUUAUAAAAGAAUAAAAGAAUGAGCCUUAGAUUGCUGUAUAUAUGCGUCCAGUCCUCCUGUACAUUGUCCGGAUUGAAGGCAUCAUGUUAUCAGUAAACUGUCUCUGUACAAAUUGUCAGGAUUGUUUCAACGAACACUUUUUUCUUGGUACUUUCUGUUAGUCGUUCUUUCUAUAAAGUAUGGAAUCUGUGUAGUUUAUUUA